UUCCUCGCUGUGCCCUCCACACCCCCAGGCUGUUCGCUCUCUCUCAGUUCCCUUCUCACAUCUCGGCUCCCUUUAUUUUACAUCCAUUCUGCAUUGUUUCUGCUUUCACCUGGGCUUAGGGAAUGGGUGAAAGAUGCCACCCACCGAAGCAGCGGAAUGACAAGGAGGAAAAAAAUAUUUGGGGCAUAUCCGGGAAAGUAGGAAAUAAACCCAUCUCUCACCGCGGGGCUACAGGGAAGAGGCGACAAUCUUUUCAUCCUCUUAUUUAAGCAUCGCAUUUAUUUUUAUUUAUUUAUUUAUUUUUAUUUAUUUAUUUAUUUUAUUUACAAACAAGAAAACCUUGCAGACGGCGGAGGAGCUAACACGGUCCUUAGACGUUUCUCUUUUUGCACGACUUCAAUCUCGACCUUUCGUAUUUUUCACUUUCCCAUCUGGAUUUUUAACCCAUAGGAGGGAGCUGCAGCAAUUCUGGAUUUUCUCGGGUCUCCCUGAAAUGUUUUGGCUUAAUCCUUUGGAAAAGCAUCUGCAGUUUUUGAGUAAAUCAUAUAUAUGUACCUGGAAGAAAAUCGAUGAAGAUGCCCGGGCAGCUAUGCCAGCAAAUUAACCCUUCAGCUCCCCCCCCCUUUUUUUUUCCACUUCUUAUUUCUAAGUCAAUGAAAUGAGUAGGUCUGUUUCCCUGCCUCCUCCUAUCCGGAUAUCUUGGGACCCUCUGAGCUGGCAGAUUUUCUUCCCCGGGAUUUACAUUGGAAAUAUGCUAGGGCUACUUUUAUAUCAUUUGCCGCUGGCUCAUGCAUCUUUAUGACUCACCGAUCAUAAACCUCACCUAUAUGAGGAAUACAUACGUGUCACUGCAAGCAGGGAAGGACUCGGACUCCUUCUUUAAUGGGUUAACCCAUCAGUGGAGCAAAGGAUUGAGACGUUGGGAAAUAUUGAUGCCUCGAAAAUAAGCUUCUUUUAUCUGGAGUGGAUCUUCUCAGGGCUCAAGACUGGGGAGGGGGUCACAUCGAGGCCUGAAAAGUGUUUGGGAAAUAAUGGGGCUGUGCCAUAGGAUUGGUCCUGCACAUAAGGUCCCAUCUCUCCUGUGGGAUCUGUCAGAGGGACAGAGAGAGAGAGGACUGCAGUGAAGAAAACAGGACAUUGACGGAGAGAGGGGGGGAGUGCAAAUUUUUUUUUACAAAAAUUAACAAAACCUCAACCCUCUAUGCUGCUUUUCUGCCCUUGGAAAUGCCCUGCUCAAAACAGAUGCCAAGUAUACAAGGCCAGAAGGGCAAAGGAACAGUGACAACGGAGGGAGACCAGUGAGGAAAGGAGGAACACACAGGCAUUAACACGGCAUCAUCUACCAUGGAAAAGUUGGUCUGGGGUGUUCUACUGGUAGGAAGCCUUGUGACCAUGGUCCAUUCUUGUCCCUUUCAUUGUACCUGCCAAAACCUUUCAGAAUCUCUCAGCACACUCUGCGCUAACAAGGGGCUACUCUAUGUGCCACCCAACAUAGACCGCAGGACUGUGGAACUACGGCUGGCAGAUAACUUCAUUAGGGUGGUGGAGCAAGAAGACUUCCUUAACAUGACAGGGUUGGUGGACCUGACAUUAUCAAGGAACACAAUUGAUAAUAUUCAACCUUAUGCCUUUGGUGAUCUUGAAAGCUUGAGGUCUUUACAUUUAGAUGGAAACCGUCUUACCACCAUUCAUGAGGAUGCUUUAAGAGGAAUACUUAAUCUCCAACAUCUUAUUAUCAACACAAACCAGCUUGUGUCAAUCCCUGUGGCUACUUUUGAUGACUUCCUCCUAACUUUAGAGGACCUGGAUUUGUCUUAUAACAAUUUGAUUAGUGUUCCAUGGGAAGCUAUCCAGAACAUGGUUAGCUUACACACGCUCAAUCUUGACCACAACCUUAUAGACUUUGUAAUGGAAGGCACAUUCUCAGAACUAUACAAGCUCUCCAGACUGGACAUGACAUCUAAUAGACUGCAUACACUACCUCCAGACCCACUUUUUGUCCGUUCCCAAACAGGAGUGGUUAGCCCUACCCCUUAUACUUCAACAAUUGUGCUAAAUUUUGGAGGUAACCCAUUUCAUUGCAAUUGUGAGCUCUUAUGGUUACGCAGAUUAGUAAGAGAGGAUGACAUGGAGACCUGUGCAUCGCCCCCACAGCUAGCUGGACGCUAUUUCUGGUCAAUACCAGAGGAGGAGUUCACAUGUGAGCCCCCACUAAUAACACGUCACACGCAUCAGCUUUGGGUAUUAGAAGGGCAAAGGGCAACUUUGAAGUGCCGGGCAAUAGGGGACCCAGAGCCUGUAAUUCAUUGGGUUUCACCAGAUGAUAAAAUAAUGGGAAAUUCAUCUAGGACAGCUUCUUUUCGAAAUGGAACCUUAGAUAUACUAGUUACAACUAUCAGGGACGAUGGAGCAUAUACUUGCAUAGCUAUUAAUGCUGCUGGGGAAUCGACAGCCCAAGUAGACCUAAAAAUGAUCCCUCUGCCUCAUCGCAAUAAUGGAACAGUUAGCGUACUGAGACAGGAUCCUGGGUCUUCUGACAUCACCACUUCAUCAAAGACAUCUGUCAAUGCCACAGAAGAAAGGAAGGCACCAGAAUCUGCUGUUGUGGUGACUGAUGUCACUCCAUCUUCUGCACUGAUAAGAUGGUACAUGAACCGAUCUGCCUAUGUAGUAUGGAUGUACCAGGUCCAAUACAACUGCACAGCGGAUGAGACAUUGGUUUACAGAAUCCUGCCUUCCACAACGAAGCACUUUACCUUGAAGCACCUAGUUUCAGGAGUAGAUUAUGACCUUUGCAUUUUGGCCAUUUUUGAUGAUAUUGCAACCUCACUGGCUGCCACAAAAUCCUUGGGAUGUGUUCAGUUCUCCACAGGAGAGGCGUACCCAGACUGUCGUUCACUGCAUGCUCAUUUUCUGGGAGGCACUUUAACCAUUAUCAUUGGUGGAGUCAUUGUGGUGACACUAUUGGUCUUCACAGUGGUUAUGAUGGUAAAAUACAAGGUAUGCAGUUCUGCCCACUCAGACAUUCCAAAAGUAACCAAUGUUUACUCCCAAACCAAUGGAAACCAGUUAACACCCAAUGGAAUGCUUCUACAAAGUAGACAAAGCAAUGAGUCUGCCAAAGCCAGUUGUUCCCAGGUGAUGUAUAAAGAGGAUUCUAGGAGGAUUGUUCAUGGAGUUAAACCUCAACGAAGAAAGGUCAGGCAUAGGGAAGUGUCAGAGAAGGUUGAGGAUAAAACUAUGAAGGCUUCAGAUCUCGAAGGGCCACAUUGUGGAUCUAGUCCUGAAGAAGGUACUGGUUUUGGUAUUCCAAAAACAAAGCGAAGCUGUUCAGUGGACAUGGGGGAAAUGGCAACCACAACUUGUUAUAGCUAUGCCAAGCGACUGAGUGUUAUAUGGACAAAGAGAAGCCAAUCUGUGCAUGGCAUGCUUUCACACUGUGGGGCAGAACUACCCAAGGGAAAACCAUUCUUAUUCACUGGUUCAGAUGAGCUAGAAGAAAGUGUUGUGUAGCUCACGUCCCUGUUACCUACAAAGCAGUUACAGCAACCACCUCUUCUUACAGAGGAAGCACAAGGACUCAUUUGGGUAAAAAGCACCAUAGGACACUUCGAUAAUGAGCCAUGAACAAGCACUUUUCCUUAUCAGGAAAAAACAAACAAAAAAAAAAACACAUAAGCACUAAACCUACAAUGACACUGCAAGCUGGAUAGAUGUCAGAGUGCCAGAAUUCUCAGACCUAAAAGGGUAUACUACUUUAAACAUGGUUGGAAAUUGUGGUGUUUUCUUGGGAUGUAGUGAAAAUAUCCUUGGAUGUUCCAGAUUUGAAGGGAGCAUUUUUGGAACACACACGCAAAAGCGAAAUGUGAAUACACAUAGUAAAUGUCUAUACAGGAAUUGCAAGGCUCAGCGCCAUCAACUAAACGAAUAGAUGGCAAGUUCAACGUUUGUCGUGGAAGUCAAUCCUAACAAGAAAGACGGUCACAAAUACAGGCACAUUAAAAGGUGUCAACACCAUCUCUACAUACAAACUAGGUGACUAUUUGCUCGGUGGGUUCACAAAGCCAUGGAAUAAUUUACCAUAAAAGCUAUAACAUCAAUUUCUCUUACAUUGCCCAACAAGUGGCUAGGACAGAGCCAAACUCGUUCUGCAGGCAAUGGAGUUCAGUGUGUACACCAUGCUUGGCAUAGCACAUUGUAAUGGAUCCAAAAGUGGAAUCUCGUCCUAGUUUGCCAUUAAAUCUUCUGCUUUCUCCUGAUUUACAGGCAAGUUUACGUUUUUCAUAAAUGCAAAUGUCUUACACGGUGAGUUAUAAUGACUGCAGCACUUUAAAGUUCCAGUUCAGAUAUAAAUAUACAAAUAUCUUUACUCAUUGGAUUUUUUUAUCAUUUGCCAAUAAAAUUAAAAUCAAAGGAAAA